UGUGUAAUUGUAUUUGUACUGCCACAAUACUAUACCCUAACUUCGCAAUAAGGGAUAACUAAAAAACUAAUUGCAAAUCCAAUUCGUUCCUACGUUGAACGCUUCUAUUUAUUUACUGUCUUAUGACGCCAACAAGGAGGUUUAGCGUUUUGAUUUUUUUAUUUGCUGUUUUAUAGGCUCCAUAAACUGUGACAUCCUUUAAGGAAAUGAUCUUUCGAGCUUCCACAUAAAUUUGAAACCCUAUCUUGCACUUUUAUUUAUUUUUUAGACAAGGUCGUCCACACACUUAAAACGUUUUGUAUUAGUCAUAUAUGGUCAAUAGAUACAGCAAAAAAAAAGUUAAUUUAAAAAAAAUAUAUAGCGUAUUUGUAACAAGUAUUCGAUCCCUUUAGGCUUAAGUUUGUGAAAACAACAAAGCCAUUUGAAGGUCAAGCCUUCGCAACUAGUACGAUAAGAAUUACUUAUUCGUGUUGUCAUUUGAAAAGAAAUUGAUCAUUAUCAUUCUUAAACGACGUACAUGUAUUUAGGUGCGAUGUAUCCCAAUUUUGUACCACUUAUUAGAUGUUCUAGCAAUUAUCGACGACUUUGCGAAAUAGUAAGAUGGAAGAGUACCUUAAGAAAAAUAAACAAAAUUUUAGUAGCAAAUAGGGGUGAAAUAGCGUGCAGGGUCAUGAGAACGGCGAAACGGUUGGGAGUCAAAACUGUAGCAGUCUAUAGCGAUGCUGAUGCAAAAGCUUUGCACGUUUAUAUGGCUGAUGAAGCUUUUCACAUUGGUCAGGCAGCAGCCACCAAAAGUUAUUUGCGAGGAGAUGAAAUUUUAAAAGUCGCCCGGUUGGCGAAUUGCCAGGCAAUUCAUCCAGGAUAUGGGUUUUUGUCUGAAAAUGUUGAAUUUGCGGAGGCUUGUCAAAAGCAGGGAGUUAUAUUUAUCGGUCCUCCUGCCUCAGCUAUUCGUGAUAUGGGAAUCAAAAGCACGUCGAAGUGUAUAAUGUCUCAAGCCGGAGUGCCAGUAAUCGAAGGAUACCACGGGAAUGACCAAAGCAACGAAAAUCUCGAACGAGAAGCUCUAAGGAUCGGAUUUCCCGUUAUGAUCAAAGCUGUUCGAGGCGGUGGAGGAAAAGGUAUGAGAAUAGCCGGUCGCCAAGAGGAGUUUCUAGACGCUCUGGAAUCAGCGAGAACAGAGUCCCAAAAAGCUUUUGGUGAUUCUGUCGUGCUCCUCGAAAAAUUCAUUGCCGAACCUAGACACGUAGAGGUUCAGGUAUUUGCCGAUAGUUACGGCGACGUCGUACACUUGUACGAGAGAGAUUGUUCUGUCCAGAGGAGACAUCAGAAAAUAAUCGAGGAAGCGCCUGCGCCAGGCUUGUCUUGGAAUUUAAGGAAAGAGUUGGGAGAUGCCGCCGUGCGGGCGGCCAAGGCUGUCGGUUACGUCGGUGCGGGUACCGUGGAGUUCAUUCUGGAUCGAAAUUCCCACAGUUUUCAUUUUAUGGAAAUGAAUACCAGACUGCAAGUGGAACAUCCCAUUACCGAAAUGAUUACCGGAGUCGAUUUGGUCGAAUGGCAAAUAAAGAUCGCUUCCGGCGAAAAGCUACUCUUAAAGCAGGAGGAGAUUCCGUUGAAAGGUCAUGCUUUCGAGGCUCGUAUUUACGCGGAAGAUCCUCGCGGUGGAUUUUUACCGGGCGCCGGUCCUUUAUUAUAUUUGAGUACUCCCAAACCGCAAGAUGAUGUCAGAAUUGAGACUGGUGUCAGACAAGGAGACGAGGUGUCUGUGCAUUAUGACCCGAUGAUAGCAAAGUUAGUUGUUUGGGGAAACGACCGGCUUGAAGCUUUGCUUAAAUUGAGGUCGAAGUUGGGUGAAUAUAAUAUUGCAGGCCUCGAAACAAACGUUAAUUUCCUGCUGGAUCUUUCGAAGCAUGGCGAGUUCGAAGCUGGGAGCGUCCAUACCAAUUUUAUACAGGACCAUAAUGAGUCGCUGUUCGCUGACGAGACUCCGACGAAAAUACAACUCAUACAGGGCGGUCUCGCGACAAUUUUACUCGACAAAAACCGAGAAAAAGAAAUGGCCGCCCGAAGGAACGACUCUUUUAAUCCGUUCGUAUUGGAGUCUAAUUUCCGAGUGAAUUAUGUACACGUCCGGGAUGUCAAGCUAAAAUUUAAGGGAACUGACUAUAUCGUAAAAGUAAAAAUUUUGGGAGACGAAGAAUAUUCCGUCUCAUGCGAUGACGGCAAUUCGUGGAUGGACGUUUCCGCCGAACUGGAGUUGGGCGAUAAUAAGUUUUUACUGCACUGUACGUUGGACGGUUUUAAGACCACCGUAAACGUAUUCGGAAACGAGCAAAUACUUGCACUAUUUGGAUCGGACGGCAAAACGGAGUUUUCUUAUCCGUUGCCACUGUUCAUGGUUGAGGAAGAUUCCCAGUCAUUUUCAGGUUUCGCAGACAGGGCAGUAGCGCCGAUGCCAGGGAUUUUGGAUAAAGUCCUGGUUAAAGCUGGAGACGAUGUGAAAGCGGGCGACCCUCUAUUUGUUUUGAUCGCCAUGAAGAUGGAGCACGUGGUCAAAGCCAAUAGGGACGCGAAAAUAUCCGAUAUUCUGCACAAUGUCGGGGAUAGUGUUAAUAAAGACGCGGCUAUUAUAAAAUUUGACCAGAACUUGUGAAAUAAA